CUAGAUGUUGCCCCUGAAGGCCACCAACUAUCUUGCACGCGAUGAGGGGCCCUUGCAUGUCUGCUGUCGCUGCUGUCUUUGCCUCCAUGGUGUGGCGAUGACUGGUGGCUUGUUAUCGAUAAGCAAAGAUUCGCCUUGAACUGACAGAAGAGCCUAUCUGUUCUGGACUUCUAGUAUUCUUUGAAUACCUCUGGUAUUUUGCAACUACGAAACGUGCUCUAGCUCUGGAAUGGCCAGGAUAAGGCCCUAUUCUUGAAAGAUGGAUGCUUUUCUCACAAGGCUCACCCAGCAGGCAAUGAACUAUGCCAUUCGCUCGGGGAUCGCCAUCACAGCCAGUUAUGCAAUUCGUCAAUCGUCUCGCUUGCUCAAAAAUGUGGGUGGCGAGGAUCGAGAUGAGCUCCUCCUGCUCCAACGCCGUUUAGAAAGCAAGAUUCAUGUCAUUUCACCCGCUAUCGACAUGAUCGAAUUGAUUGCUGCGCGUGGAAAUACUUCGUUGGAAUCUGCCGUGACUCUCACCAAAGCGUUGAGAUGGGACAUUCAAGCACUAGGACAACGGCUGGCAAAGGCAGCAGCAGCUGAGGAAUUGGUUCGAAGAGGGGCAAAGUCCAAAGACCAAGCCAAACAUGAUUUGGAAAUCAAACUCAUUAUCAAGGACAUAAGGAGACUUUUGGAUCGUAUCGAAGACGCAGUGCCCCUCAUGAACCUUGCAAUCACUACUUCCGGUGCUAAACUGUCCACAAACCUUCCCUCUACAGUCUCGCCAUCUCGCCUGCUGCAGGCCAGCACAUUCCUGACUACAGGGGAUACUCAGUAUUCCAUCACCCCGUCACAGGCGAUACAAGUUGGUCCUACCUUCACGCUUUCAAUGUACAUGCUCUUCGCUGGCCACGUUCGGCCCCACGAUGAGGAAAGUGUCCGAGAGGCAACUUGGAAAGAAGUAAUUCACAAAGCACGCUUAAAGCUCCGGAGAGUGCCAAUGGAUUUGGCAUUUUCUCAUCGCGGGCAUGAAGUGUCUGAUGACCGAAUCCUGGCAGAAGCUAGGGUUGAUGAGUUUGCCUACCAAAUUCUGAUCAUCGAGGAUCUAGACGACGGACGAGUGCACUCCUUCGAAGCUCCUAACCCGCAGCCACAACACUAUGAAGGAGUUGAGCUUGCCGGCGUGCGAGAGAUACUUCCCAUUCACCAAAUUUCCAAGAUAUUCUAUGCUGAUACCGGUCGAAUCCUCAACAUCAGCACUGAGGGCGAGACGAAUAACCCAGUCUUGCUCCUCAAGAGAGACAUCAACGCCGUUCCCCCACGGCGCAUUAUUGAACGUGAUGAAAAUGGAUAUCUGGAUCCUGAAGAAGAUAUAUCUCAUACAAACGGCGAUGAAGACGAAGAGACGGACGAGCUCCAAGCUCAACUGGAUGCUCAGUUGAAUAUAAAAUCCACAGGAAGGGAUGAAGAACUUCCAUCAUUCCAUGAGAGCUCCAUUCCUGAAGAAUGGAGACUCCCGUCGGGUCUAGAUCCUGAGUGGAUUGCGUUUGAAGUAUACAAUGAGGAGGAAGAUUCAGAUACUGAGUCGGAGGGUGAACCUAUACAACCAACGGAAGCGGGUGCCGUGGAUUCCGCUCAGAUGGCCCGACUCUCCCUGAAAGGACGUCGUAGAGCACCUGUUCAAACCUAUGAAAACAAACCUUCAGAAUCCGCAUCGGCUUCACGACAAGCUGCGACAACGCUGACCAACCCACUCUUCAACAACAUUCGCACGUCCCUUUCUCUGCUUGAGAUGCUUCUCCGGCUGAUGUCUCUCCAACAAUUCCAACAGCAAUCCCACCUCUCCAUCAGCGACGAACUUCUCAACUUCUUCCUCGAAGAAUCUUCCACCACUGGCGCGGGUGGGGAUGAACAGCAUCGUCAGCGUCUCCGUACAGAAGCCAGACGCCGCGUAGGCUGGGAUCCGUACGACGAAAGCCCCGUCAAGCGGAGAGGUGAAGAUUAUCAAUACAGAGGAGGUACUCCGGUGAGCUACUCGCGCGACACGAUAGAGGAUUACGCAUUUUCGCCAAGUGAUCGGACCAGGCUCUUUCAAAUUCGGUCCCGGGCCAACACUCCAGAAUCCCCGUCAGCUCCUCAAGAGAAAUCUCCGAGUAUGCCUCCAGAGGCCUCAAAAAGAGCCUUGCAAUCUUCUCGCCGAUCCACGCCGCUAGCUGGCAAGGAUCGUGACCGGGAGUAGUCUAGCACCGAGACUCAGGGUGGCGAAGCUACUACUCAUUAUGGUCAGCAUACAAAGUUGUUCUGUAACUUUGUAAACCAUAGCAAGUGUUAUGGUACAUCUUCGUCUAGUGUAUGUCGGUGUUAGAAGAAUGUCAGAAGCCAUUUUGAGUUAAACUGGAUGAUAUAGACAUCUAUACAUCGGCAUUGCUCCUCCUUAAUGGAAGAUCUAUGAAUUGCCCUUGAUA